AUGCAAGGAUUUGAACAGAUUUGUCAUGAAGCUUCACUUUGCAAGGGCAAAAAACUACUUGCUGCAGAAAGGAAGAAAAAACACAAAAAGGAGCUGAAUCAAAAUCAAGUGAAGGAGUUUUGGAAGAGGAAAGUCAAGCAAGAGAUUGCUGCAGGGGAUUGGGAUUGGAUGGGCAGACCUGUUAAGCAAAUGCAGCUGCAUGACAAAACCACACCUGUAGCCAAUUUGGCACCAUCUAAAUCAAAGUCAGCAUACCUUACCACCAUUGACCAGGUUGUACAAAACUACUGGUUUUGGAAUCUAAGGGAGGUGGUCAAGGAGCUCCAACAGGGAGUAAAUGGCCAUCAGUUUGGGUUGCUCCAUAGUGGUAUGCUAACCAAAUGGACUGACCAUACAAACCUUUGCUGGAGUGACAACACAAAAGAAAAAGUCAAAUAUAUGAAGGAAAAAGAGUCCAAAGACGCCCCUCAUCUCACAUUUAAGAAGCUAGGCUGCCCACAAGUUCUUGAUUGCUACCCCAAUGCUUGUGAAGACAUCAAAACUUACUUGAAUAAGCUGCAGCUCAGUGGUGUACCCAUCACAUAUGGUGUUGCUCAUGCAGCAAUCCUAGGAUUCCUCAAGUCUUGUGCACCUGAGGCAUUUCAGGGAGGCCUAUUCAAGUGCUGCAGCUGCUCUGUGCAGCAACUCCUGGACACUGAGUUGAAUUGGUCAUACCAUUCUGCCACCCAAAAGGCCCAAAACACCCCCAACAACUGGGAGGAGCUCUGCACAGACAUGGCAAUGCGCUUGGCAUGGCUUAUAAAGCAACACAAUGUCCCAAUGCCCCUUGUCUUAAAUGAUCACCAAACUGGGAUUGUUUACAUGAGCACAGGAUUGCAAACUUGGGCUGAGAAGGGGAGCAAACAGGUUUUGGUUGUUGGGAAAGACAAGAAACAUCAAUUCACACUCAUGCCAACAGUCACUGCAUCUGGGGCUGUGCUUCCUUUCCAAGUGAUCUAUGCUGGCAAAUCUGACAAAUCCUUGCUGUUGGCUCAUUUUUGGUGGCAGUGUGAACUCCAAGAGUUGACCACUUGGAUGCAUGAAAACCACCCAGGAAUUAAACUUGUUUACAUUUUUGGAGGCUGCACUGGCAAAGCUCAACCUUGUGAUGUCAAUUUCCAACAACUGCUCAAGCAUGUCAUCAAAAUCAAAUGCAUCAAGUACCUAGUUGAGCAGACCCAAGUUGAGCUGAACAAAAAUAUCCCACCUGAACAAGUUUGGGUGGACUUCAGUGUUGGAACACUUUGUGAUCAAUUCCCAAAAUGGUUACUCACAGCUUACAAGUGGUUUCAAAGCCAUCCAGAGGUCAUUUGUCAGGCAUGGUCAUGUGCAGCACUUGGCAGGUGGAACCUUUCCAACAAUUUGCUUGUUUCUCCCUAUGCCCAAUCUAUUGUUGACAAGCACUUUGAAGAUGACACUGCAUUUGUACUUUCAGUUUCAAAAAAUGCAACCACUGCCAAGCUCCAAGAACAUCUCAAAAUUAACGCAGAUGGGGCCAAUUACAACAAUGAUCCCACUUUGUCAGCCCUUGACAUUUCCAAUCUGGGAGCAGGAGGGAAUCUAAGCCAGCACAAUGUUGUGCUUGAUGACAACAACAAUUAUAUAUACAACAGAGAGGAAGGUCUCCCCAAUGAUGGAUAUUCCAACUAUGCCAAAUCAGAAGCAGACUCCAAGAGCAAUAGUGGCAGAGGACACUGA